GGCGGGGUCAGCAGAGCGCGGGGAAAUCAGGAGGUGGCGGGAGACGGCCGGCGGAGGUCGUGUGUCAGUGGCGGCGGAGUGUGAGCGGAGUGGUCUGGGAACAUGGCUGCUAAUUCAGAAAAUGCUCAACUCUUGCCUUUACUAGAGACAUUAGAGGACACAUCUACCUCGCACACAGAACAGACAGAUGCUUAUCUCUCUAUUGCUAACCGUCUUAGUGGAGAAGAUGGGAAAGCUUUCAAUGUCUUGGUGGGAAAGCAAUUCUCCCGUCUCAUUCCAGUUUUUAAGACGCACAUUUCUCACCAGAAUUCAGACCUCAGUAAUGCAGCACUUCAAACAAUGGGAUUUUGUGUAUUUUACAGUAACAUAGCAUCCAGCCUAUCAGCAAAUGAGGUGCAAGAAUUACUGUCGUCACUUAACAGUAUUGCUGUUAAAGCAUCUGAUAAAAACACAUGCACAAGAGCACUUUGGGUGAUUUCUAAACAGCACUUCUCUGAAGAUGACGUUGGAAAGGCGGUACCGUCAAUACUUUCUACAUUAGAAAAUGUAUUAAAUAAAGAUGUGCAGUCAGUUGUCAUUGCCUACGAAGCACUGAACGUCAUUAUAAAACUUUUGGAACAGACACCUACUCAGAUGACAGAUGAAGGUGUCCGAUGGGCAAAGAUUAUUCUCCCAUUGGUUGUCCACUCUGCACCCAAGGUUCGGUUAAGAGCCGCAACAGCAUUAGAGCUCAGUGUGCCGCUCUUGCUUCAGAAGCAGCAGGAGGUGGCAACCUUAACAGAACAGCUUAUGACAUCUAAAAUUAUUGGAGAACUCAACAAGCUAUUUAGUUCCAAAUAUGAGACCUAUGUUUUGAAAUUGUGGCCUUUGUUUGUCAAGCUGCUUGGCAAGACAUUACAUCGCAGUGGCAGCUUCAUUAAUUCCUUGCUACAGCUUGAAGAGUUAGGUUUUCGUAAUGGAUCCCCUGCAAUCAAGAAGAUAGCAUUUAUUGCCUGGAAAAGUCUCAUUGAUAACUUUGCACUAAACCCUGAGAUCUUGUGCAGCUCAAAGAGACUGAAACUUCUAAUGCAGCCCUUGAGUUCUAUCAAUGUUAGAACGGAAGCUCUGGCUCUGACUAAAGUAGAAGUGUGGUGGUAUCUCUUGAUGCGUCUUGGAUCUCAGCUGCCAGUUCACUUUGAACAGGUUUGUUUACCGUUGAUUCAAAGUGCUUUAUGUGUAGAUGCAGCUUCACCCCAGGCACAUCAACUGCGGUCUGCUAACCUGGUUACCACUGCCUCUACACCCUUACAGAAAGGGACUUUACCAUUUGGCAGUCCAGUCACUCCAAAAAUGAACCUGAACUCCAGUCUCUUGGCAUCUGUAGCAUUUCCAUCUGUUCAUCUUCUGGGCAUAGAGAUGAUGCUUCAUUUCCUCUUGGGUCCAGAAGUUGUGCAGUUUGCCAGUAAGCACAAGCUUGUGCUCAGUUUAGAGCCUCUUCAGCAUCCAUUGAUCAGCAGCUCCUCUUUCUUCAGUAAACAUGCCAGUACUUUGCUGAAUGCUGUACAAGACGGAUUUAUUACCAUUGGAAGCAGUGCAUCAGGCGCUGUGCUUUAUGCAGUGUGGAAAGACAUGAUAGAAUUUGUAAAGGGAGCUAUGGAGACAGGUAACAAGAAGGAACGACAAGGCUCCGAGGUGUUGACCUGCUUGCUGCAAGCGCUGAAAAAUAUAAUCGCUUCAAAUUCUCUUCAGGUGGAAAAGUGCUUGAGUCUUCUGGAGUGCACAGUGAAAGGACUACCUCAAAAAGUACUGGGAUCUGCAGCAUAUCAGGUGGCAAAUAUGGAUCUUCUUAAUGGAACUCCAGCUCUCUUUCUAAUUCAACUUCACUUUCAUGCUGGAAUUUUGGAACAUGGCAUUACAGAGGAAAGAUUCUUUGUAAACCUUGAAAAUCUUGUAAGUUACGUCUUCUCGGGUCCUACCUCACCCCUGGCAUUUAGUGAAUCUGUUCUUGGUGUACUCAAUCAAGGUGCCAAGUUCGUAGAAAACAAAGAACGGCUUUGGCGCAUGUGGAGUAUUCUGAUUCAUCCGCUGACUGCAAAAGUUAAUCAGACUAAUGAGGUUAACCAAGGUGAUGCCCUAGAACACAACUUUAGUGCCAUGCACAGUGCGUUAAUGCUUCCUAUAAGUCACAUCUUCCCAGUCUCCUCCUUUCCACAGCCCACUUUGAAGACUUUGAUGCGCACCUGGUCCGAGUUGUAUAAAACCUUCGCCCGCUGUUCUUCAUUGGUUACUACAACUGAUGAGAAUGUGUGCUCUGAGGAACUCUGCGCUCGAAUACUUUCAGCAAUUGGCAAUCAGCCAAUGAGUUUCUCCCUGCUGGAAAGGAUUGUUCAAGUUUUUACAGUUAUUGUGGAUUGUGUCAACUUCUCUCCUUAUAGCACAAAAUACCAGCCCAAAACAAAAGCUCCUCAUACUCCAACUGAUUGGGCGAAGAAGAAGAAAGGGCCUCUGGGAAAUCUCAAUUCUUUAAUGAAAUUGCUUGUGAGAGUGACUGAAGAAUUUCACACUUUGUCUUCUGAUCAGUCCCAGAUUGAGGCAAAUGCUUCGCCACUGUCUUCCAUAGGAUCUUCCAUUCUGAAUGCUCUAUCUGCCUGCAUCAGCCAUGUCAAUUUACCUUCCAUACUGAGGACAGUAUUUUCACUAGUGACAAAGCCUCUUGCUGUGUUCUAUAUGAAGACAAAGUCUGACUCUCCGAAAGUGUACAGUUCUCUUAGCAGUAAGUUGGAUAAACUUCUUGGUGAGGUGCUCUUCUGUUUGGGCUCUCGAUACACCGGAUCCUAUGACAACGAUCUGCUUGAAGCCCUCUCGCCUUUGCUCUGUGCCAUAUUUCUACACAAGAACAAGCAGUUCCGCACACAGGCUGCACAAUUCUGGAAUGGGUCAUUUGCUAAGGCAGCUACAUUGGUUUACCCAGAUGAACUCAAACCUGUUUUAAGUCAAGUUAAAGUGAAAGUACCCCUCCUAUUACCUGGCUUCACCUUUACUACUACAGCAGGGGAGUCAAGUGGCCCCUAUUCUGAUAAUAUGGACAACUCUGAGCUGGGGGCAAAGAUUAGCGGGAUUGAGGUUAAAUCCACAGGGAAAAGAGACUCCUUACUGGCCAGAGCAGAAGAACAUAAAAAUAAAGGCACCCCAACAAAACCGCCACAGGCCAAGUUGAAGCUGGAAUUUUCUUCUCCGAAUACUAAAAAGAAAAUCUUAGAAGAGGAACAGUCUAUGGAUUUUGUAUUUAUCCCUCCUGAAACAACUAAAGAGAGAGUUCUCACAGAACAUCAGAAGGAAGUCCUCCGUACCAAAAGGGUGGACAUACCGACCAUGUACAACAAUUUAGAUGCAUCGCAGGAUACCGCUUUGUUCACACAAUAUAGUCAGAGCCAAGACAAUUCAUUGGACAAGCCAGAAGUAAUGGUUAAUAAUAAAGAUGCUGCUGAAUCCAAGGAAGAACAUACUCCACAUGGAAGAGAAGUUAAGGAAGAGGAAACUGAAGCGAAAGAAGUUGCAGAUGUUGAAAUGUUAGAUGCUAAAGUUGAAGGAUCAAAAUCUUUGAAUGACUCUGCUGUGUUAAACACUUCCAAAGAAGCACAGAACACAUCAAAUAUCAGCAACAGUUCUACCUCUUCGGAUAUGGUGUUAGGCACUCCACCACAACCCGUUAGCAGGAGACAGUCCUUUAUUACCUUAGAAAAGUUUGACAGCUCUGAGAAUCGCUCUUUUAGUCCUUUGUCAGAAGCAAAGUUCUCAAAAGCAAAAGAAGUUAUUUUAGUGCCAGAUAGUCAAGAAGUUAAAGAUACAAAACAAAAGCGUAAUGAGAGAGAGAAUAAAAAAAAUUCAGAGACUGAAUCGCAAAAUGAUAAAUCAAGACAUGCAUCCAGAAGGGGGUCAAGAGCUUUACGUCAAGCUAAAGAGACGGAGAAGAAACUUGAAGCACCUGAACAGCCUAAUCUAAAAUGUGACAGUGAAUCGGGCGCUGUUCCUGCAGAGGAAAUAGAGGACAGCGAGUGUGUGCCAGAAUCUCAGCCUCCUCCUCAAGAAGAACAUGUUGUGGACCAUGAUAAAGAAAAUUCAGCACCAGAGAAUAGCAUAGAUUUUAAAGAAAAUACUCCACCAGAGACUAACACCACAGUAAAAGCAGACACUCCACUGCCUCAGAAAUCGUCUGGUAAUCAAAUUGUGUUGCGGCGCUCUUCCAGGAGACAUUCAGAAAUAAUAGAAGUUGUUAAAAAGGAGGCUGCAACAGAAAUUCCCCAGACCAAAGAAGAGGAAAAAAUUGGUUUGAAGAAGACUCCUCCGUCUAAGGAAACACCGGUUAAGCAACAAAGCGAAAAGCUUGUGAAAGCUGAAGAAAAAAAUGAUCCUGAUUUUGCCAGAAAUUCUCAAGAAAGUUCACAAGAUAAAACAUCAAAUGUCACUGAUGUUAAAGAUGAGGAACUUCCAGUCUCCAGCGAAAAGAUGACAAGAAGCAGCUCUAGAUAUCAGACCCGAAGGUCUCUGCAGGCGCUUCAGACUGGCAGUGAGCAUUCAGAGUCUGAUAAUUCAGAACCUCGUGAAGCAGCAGGCAAGCGGAAACGAGGUAGGCCUAGGAAACUGAAUGAAUCGGAAAAAGCUGAAAGCUCUCAUGAGUCACAGAUUGAAGAUGCAGCUACUUUUGACACAGUGCAAACUGAAAAAGAGAGCGAGUGUGCUUCUGAUGUUGCCUCCGAGGUGGAUUCUCAGCUAGAAGUAGAUGGAGAAACCUACACGACGGUUACAGACAAUUCUGCAUCACGGCCAAAGUUUCCGCGGUUAGGGGAUGGCAGAAAUACAGAGUUAGGCGCUACCGUGGAAAUCAACAAAACGUAUGAACUUUCCAAACUCGGCAGCACGAUGCAAAGCUUAAUGACUGAGCCUUCCGCUGGUGACUAUUCCACCGCAGUGUCUGAUGUUUUUACAAAUUCUGAAAGUACCUUAAAGUUGCUUGACUGCUCCCAUAAAAGGAGUCGAAGAGUCAGAAAGUCAAAGAGCUGCGAGUGUUGCGAGUCCUCUGGAAGGCAAGAAAAGUCCUUUUCGGAAUUCAAAUCCGAAGAAGCUGAAGGUAAAAACAAGGCUAUCGAUUCAUCUUCUGACAUGCAGUUUAACUGUACAUUCUCUGUGCCAUGUGCUGUCAGCACACCACUCGUUUUGGCAAGACAGCAAGCGUUUUUCAAAGUCUCUGCCACAGAGAUAAAAUCGGACACAGAGUCAGAGCUUGAUCAAACACUUACUUCAUUAAGUAGGAGUGAGACUGAAGAAGUAACGGAAAUUUGUAUUCAGACAAAAACUGUGGAAGCUAUGGAAUCCUCAACGGAACCUUCUGCAGAAGUGACGGAAAUUCAAAGAGAUACACUCAUUGAGGAUGUGAGUGUUGAGAAGCAACGUGUUGAAGAACCAUGUGCAGAAGAUAAACAGAAUGAUAUUGUGGAAAAGGCCAAAAUCUGCAUGACCUUCGACAUUGAGGCCAUUGAAGGGUCUGCAAGUGACGAGGCUUUUGCAAAUCAAGAGGACGAGCUAGAAGAUGCUCAGAGUAUAGUAGUGGAUGAGGAUAAUAUGGCUGAAGAUAAGGAAAAUAUAGACCACUCUGCUGCACCAAGUCAGGAUUUUGAGGAAGAGAAUAAAGCAGGGGUGGACAAAGCUCCUACCGAAGAGACAGAAGUAGACAAUGCUCCUGCAAAAACGGAGUCAUCUCCCACAGAGGAAACUGAAGCAGACGUGGAGAGAGCUUCAGCUGAGGAGCUUGAAGCAAAAGCUUCUGUUGAAUUGAUUGAACCAGUUGGAGAUCAAGCUGUGGUUGAGAUGACUGAAACAGAAGUGGGCAAAGAUCUUUUUGAGGGGAAUGAAGCACAGGUGAAAAACGUUUUAGUAGGGGAGACUGAUGAAGAGGUCAACAUGGCUCCUCCUGAGGAGAAAGAAGCAGAAGUGGACACAUUUUCUGUAGAGAAAGAAGCAAAGGGGGGCGCAGCUACUACUGAAGCGACCGAUGCUGAGAUGGGCCCAGCUACUCCCGAUGCAACUGAUGCGGAGUUGGACCCAGCUACUCUGGACGAAUCUGAAGCAGAGGUGGACACUGCCCCUCCCGGGGAGACUGAAGAAAGCAUUGUCUGUCAGGAAUCAGGGGAAGUUACGGUGACUGAGACCUCAAUAGAAGUGAACACUCUGAAUAUAGAUGAAGGAAACAUUGACCUUGAGCAGGAAAAUGCUCAAAGAACUUGUGAGGAGAAUGCAGAAACCUGUAUAUUUCCAUCUGCUGACAUACUGCCAAAUAAGGUCACAUUGACCGAGGGAGCGAAAGUGGACGAAGAUCUUACAACUGCCGCAGAGAAAUGUGCCGCUCCAAGGGUAUCUGAAAAUUUGCUAAUGGAUCUGGGUGAAGGACGGUCCAACACAGAUUCACCACCUAAACUGAAAGGCUUGAUAUCUAUGGCUCUAGCCAAUGAUAGCCCCAGUGGGAGCUUCAGCUGGUCUCCGUCUGCAUCACCUUCAACAAGCAUCCUAAAGAAAGGGAUAAAGAGACAACAGCAGGAAAUGGACUCACCCUCUCCAGUUAACAAGAUCCGGAGAGUUUCGUUUGCUGAUCCAAUAUAUCAGGAAGGAUUGGCAGAUGACAUUGAUCGCCGUAGCCCCGUGGUCCGAAGCAAUUCAAGUAACUCGCCAUCCUCAAGAAGUCUUAAAAUGCUAACAAGUACUCAGCCGAAGAUUAUCACUACUCCAACCAAAGGAUUUGUGUCUCCUGGGUCUCGUGUUCUUGGAUUUAAAAGUUCAAAAAAGAGUUUGAUUUCCGAAAUGACCAAGGAGUCUAUGCCAUCUCCUAAAGAAAGUGUCUAUCCAGCCCUAAUGAACUGCGCAACAUCCAUUGAUGUCAUUCUUCCACAGAUUACCUCCAAUAUGUGGGCUAGAGGACUUGGACAGCUCAUCCGUGCUAAAAAUAUCAAAACCAUUGGUGACCUCAGUACGCUUACACCCUGCGAAAUAAAGACCUUACCGAUCCGUUCUCCAAAGAUAUCUACUGUGAAGAAAGCUCUGAGAACUUACCAUGAGCAGCAGACAAAGGCAAAGGGAUUUGACGAAUUUGCUGCUCUUGAUGAAGCUGAAAAGCCAUUAAAUGGUCUUGAGGAGAAGCCGAUGUUUGCUGAAGAAAAACUUGAAACGGACCUUCCUGAGGCAUCCGCCACCGCACCUGUGGAAGCUCCAGCCACCCCAGACCUUCCAGCACAGAUUAAUGCACUUUCUCUGCUGCUGGUGACAGAGGAGCUUGGCAAAUAUUCCGGAAGCCAGCUUUUUGAAAUGCAGGAAAAACUUGGUACAAUGUCAAACUGCAUUCUUCAUCAUCUGCGCUCUCGAUGGAGUUCACCACCUCACAACAGCUCUGUGUAGGUCAGCUUUGUGUUUUACAUUACCAUUUACGGGACAUUUUUACUUCUUUUUGCCCAAAUAUAUUUUUAAUACAAAGACUGUCUACAUUUUUAAGAGAUCCAUCAUGUGGUCUUCGUUUUCUCUUUUGGAUUAUACUGCUCUAUCUUCA